ACAAUCGUCACCCAGCCAUCCAGUGCUCACCUGCCUGCGCUACAAUCGCAUCAAUGAACACAAUCACACUCUUCGGUUGGGCGGACGAUAAUACUAGGUGCACAUAUCAUCACGCGCGAUAACAGCUCAAUUGGACUAUUGCUACUGAUACUACCGUGCCCGAAGGGGGCAGACAAUCAGUCAAAUUCGAACAGUGCACGAUGGCUAAGCUGAAAAAGAUCCCCAAAGCCGAAUAUUUCAGGAUUGACCACGAUGCCAACAACCUUCAUCGAGUUGAUCCACGAUAUGGAUUACUGAUAGUACUGUUAGUGCUAGCCGGUGGUGCUGUAUCGAAUUAUUUCCUAACUCAUCUGCCAGACGCUCUGACGAUUGCCGAUUUGGAACAGUAUCCGACCACGUUCAUUGCCGAGCGCGCGUGGAACAAUUUGAAAAGCUUCACUGACUUGGGUCCACGGGUCGCAGGAACGAAAGCAAACGAUGAGCUGGCGGUUGCAAUCUUCAAACGGGAGAUCGAAGCCAUACAAGCUACGAAACAUGCUGACCAGAAGGUGGUCACGGAGAAUCAAAUCGUUACCGGAGUGUUCAAUUUUACCUUUUACGGAACGUCGAUGACUACGAUUUAUCGGAACGUGCAGAAUGUGGUAGUCAAAUUAGUUGGUGAAAGUGAGGAUGCGUUACUGUUAAAUUGUCACUUCGAUUCGGUUCCAAGCAGUCCGGGUGCCAGUGAUGACGUUGCUAGCUGCGCGGUGAUGCUGGAAAUUUUACGAGUUAUGUCACGCACUCCUGAACGGAACAAACAUUCAAUUAUCUUUCUGUUUAACGGAGCGGAAGAAACGUUGCUGCAGGCGUCCCACGGGUUUAUCACGCAGCAUCCUUGGGCAAAGCAGGUUAAGGCGUUUCUGAAUUUGGAAUCUGCCGGUUCCGGCGGAAAAGAGGUACUGUUUCAAAGUGGACCAAACCGUGCUUGGAUGGUGGAUAUAUAUGCCAAAACGGUGAGAUAUCCGUUUGCGCAGGCAAUGGCGGAGGAGUUGUUUAAAACUGGCUUGAUUCCGUCGGAUACGGAUUUUAGAAUUUUCAGAGAUUACGGUGAGGUACCUGGAAUGGAUUUGGCUCAUUUUUUGAACGGAUACCGUUAUCACACCAAGUACGAUUCGUUGGAGUACCUGUCGCUGCCAGUUCUGCAGCAUACCGGAGAUAACAUGUUGGCCUUGACACGAGGCAUGGCCAACUGUGAGCACUUAUCAGCAGCCGUCGACGAACAAGGGUCAAGCGCUGUUUUCUAUGACUUUUUGGGCGUCUUUUUCCUAAAUUAUUCUUCUUGUUUAGCUAAGCUUAUCAACACAAUGGUGGCGUUGCUGGCCGUAUUGAUACCAUAUCUUGGUCUAUCAAGAGUUACUGCUAGUCGGGAUAAUAGGUCAAUAUGGAAAGAGGUAUGGUACGAGUUUUUGGCGGUUUUAAUCGGUACUUUGUUGAGUCUAGCAACCACAACAGUACUUGCGCGUCAGAUGGAGGCUAUGGAUAAACUCAUGACGUGGUAUAGUAACCGCUGGCUAGUAGUGGGGAUGUACUGCGUCCCGGCGCUUGUAGUACACAGCUUGGUGCAAAUGUUUUUCAAUACAUAUUUUGAGAACAGACAGACCACACUAACCACCGGAAUGAUAACCCAGUCGAAAUUGAUAGGCGUCAACGUAUUCUGGAGCAUCGCUAGUCUGUCGUUAACUUUUGCAGGGUAUCGCUGUGCGUACAUCUUCAUGAUCCCUCAGCUCUGUUCGUUACUAUCAUCCAUUACGAACGGACUCCUCGCCGCACAACGCACCAUUCGGAAGUGGAUCGUAAUUCACCUGCUGUUCCAAUUCGUAACGGUAGUAUGGGCGUCUUUCUACUACAUCGUGUUCGUGAAUCUGUUCAUUCCCAUAACCGGACGAUCUGGACACGUUGUAAAUCCGGAUUUCAUUAUCGGAACUGUUGCCGGGCUGUGCGUAUUGCACACAUGCAGCUACCUGUUCCCCUUGUUGACUCUGGUCAGGAAGCCAUCUCAGCUAGUAGCGAGCUUCUCUACAUUAGCAUUGCUCACUCUACUCGUUGCAUGCCUAACGCCCAUAGGAUUCCCAUACCGGGAUGCGACAAACGGAGAACCAACAACUCAAAGGCAUAUUGUAACGCACACAUUACGGGUAUUUCACGACGACAUCGGUCUGGUAAAGCAUACGGAUAACGGAUUCUUGUUUGAAACAAUGGAUAGCAAUGGAGCCCGAACGUUGAGGCAGUACAUUGCAUCCGAUGAUAGCUUCUCGGCGAUCGAAAAGAUGAAGUCUUGCAAGAGUGAACUCUUCUGCGCUGUACCGUUCGAUGCUAUGUGGCGACAGAUGCACUUUGAUCAUUUUUGGCAAUCGGCUGAAACAGCACCUGUAAUACACAACAUGUUCACACUGGCUUACGAAGGUAAAGAGCAGCUCAGUGAUCGUGUUCAAAGAAUCAAAUUUAAGGCGGAGGGAAGUUUGCAGUCGGCGGUAUUCGUCGGACCAAAACCGGGUGUAAAAAUGAUCGCAUGGAGUCUACAGGAUGUGGUGGCUCCUCCGGUAACAUUCAACGGUCAGCAAGGAUUCUUCGUGUAUAUCACGCAUGGCGUUCCCAGUGGACCAUGGAACAUUACUAUGGAUUUCGAGUGUGAAAGCGCAGAUCAUGAUGGAUUUUUGGCCGAGUUUGGCGUGGUGACAAAAUUUUGGGAGUACCACGAAAUGCAUACCGCAGAAUUCAAGAGACUGCUGGAGAAAUUCCCUCCGUGGACAAACGUCAUUCCAUCGGUAGCUGUUCUGAACAUGUUCGUAUUGUGAGGCUGUGUGCGUUAUAAUAAAAUGUAGUUUGGUUACUUUUAAUCGCACUUUG